UGUUAUUCCAAAGUGUCAGAGUAAUAUUUAGAUAAAAGAAACUAUUUUACUUGUAUGAUUUACUAGUGGUUUAUUUAGUGGUGAAUGAUGAAUCAGAAUGGAUCUACGCUAUUCACGAACAAUUCGACGAUAUCACGACUUGGUCCUGAAGUCACGCUGCAAGACCAACCUCCCCCUUACUCCACUGAGUUCUUGUACGUCGUGUUGAUCAUCACGCUGGUCGAGCCCCACCGGAACCUCAAGGAGUACUCGCAGACUCCCUGUACUGGCACCAUGAUCCGCAAUGACCUCGUCCUCACCGCCGCAUCUUGCCUCAAGAUGAAUACGUUAGACGAGCUCGACCCCACUAGCACAGAGGUCGUCAUGAGAGAUGGAACUAGGUUGAGAUCUCUCAAGAUAUUUGUGCACUACGACUACUCGAAAAGUCACAUCUACAACUUUGCUGUCAUAGUUGUAGAGAAAAGCAAUGUAAAUGUGUUCCCUAAAUUGCCCAAAGAGGAUGUGGAUAUAGACUUUGAAAGUAUCCUGAAUUCCUGUAUUCUCGGUGGAUACGGAGACCAGCACAGGAGCAUUUCUCCGUCAAAGUUCUCUUACAAGAUGCUGAACAUGACGACGGUCGACAUCAUCAAGUGUAGGGAACGACAAGGUGUGGAAAAAAUGAACAGAUUGUGCCUCCACUUCCACAACCUACAGCCCUGCCGAGGCGACGUGGGGUCUCCUCUGAUCUGCAAUGGCAAGGUGUUGGCUCUCUUCACCCCAAUGCUCGUUGGUAGUCCUAAGACAUGCGUGGAUAGAUACGGAACCGUGUUCACCCCCGUUACUGUCAUCGUGGACUGGGUCAACAAGAUCGUGUCCUCACCAUCAGCAAAUCUAGAGUGGAUGAACAAUCCCUGGUACAUUCUGUUACUGUGCAGCUCAGCCUUGGGAGUCAUAGGAGGCAUCUACUAUCUCCUCAUGGAACUCAUGCAGAGGAACUACCCUUUGGACUUUGAAGAAGAGAUGGAAAAUACUGAUGACAAUAUCUCUCGGCUGAAUUAUCUAAAUGAGGACUCAAAGGAGCCAAAGGACGAUGAGCAAAAGUGGCGACGUAUUCAGAAUCUACUUACGUAGAUCAGUGUGACUGAAUAAAUACAAUUAAUUACUUUUUAAGUCUGGCUUUAAAUUCGAAUUAUUGUUCUGUAGUAUUGUACGAGUAUAUUAAAACAAUACACUUGAUAUUAUAUGAAAAUGAUUGGAAAAAUCGUAAAAAUAAAGUUUGAAAAAUUAUAUUAGCUUUGAGGAUAACGGAGACCACUUGUUAGAUUGUCUGGUUUGAGUGUUUGACAUCAUUUUUAGUUUAAUGUA